UAUUUUGGGGGAUCCGUCCUCAGUUUAGUCCAUUUCCGCUCUACAUAGGUGUUCUUCCUGGUUGUUGAUUCCUAUGUGAAAGUAGCAACAUUUCGGCCAUGAGCAAGUUCCAGCAGAAUGCAUGCACGCGACGAUUGGAAAAAGCGCUCGAUAGCGUAAAAUUUAUGUAGACGAGCGCGCACUAUUUUUUUUUGCUGUCGAAGCGUCUCCUUUUGCGCUGGAGGAUUCAUGCAAUGCAAUAUUCAUUAUGAUUAAGUCCAAAAUGCCCGAAUGCUGUGCCGCAGCAAACUGCAAGCAGAGUGCGGACCAGUCCAACGUUUCCUUCUUUAGUUUCCCGCUGGAUCCUGAUCGAUGUAAACAAUGGGUGGGUAACUGCCACAGACCAGAUCUGGAGACCAAAACAGCUGAAGAUUUACACAAGAACUACAAAUUGUGCUCAAAACAUUUUGAGACGUCAAUGAUAUGUCAGCAAAGUGAUCUUAAGGCUGUUUUGAAGGAUGAUGCCGUUCCUACUAUAUUUGAUUUUGUAUCCAACCAGGACAAUGCACAAACUAGCAACAGAAAAAGGACAAGGGAGAAAACAGGAGAUGAGCCGAUUGUCACAAAGAAAACUAAAGGUACCACCGAUAACUUAAACCCCUCUGUGACAGAGGAGGAAGUUAAAGUUGAGAGUGACUCAGCAGAGAACAUUCAAACUCAAAAUCUUCCUGCACAUGAUGAAUCAGAGGAGGAUCCUGCUAUUUCCAAAGCGAAGGAAACUUUGAAAGACUACUUCAAAGAGACGUUAGCCUUCACUGGUUUCAGCAUCGCCAACAAUGCUUCUCUUAACUCUGUUAAACCAUUGGGGAAUGACCCUGCUGGGCCGCUUUCUGUCAAUACCAUAUGUGCAGAGAAGAUCGACCAAAAAGAAGUGCUCACCUUAGGUGAGGAUGUGAUGCGCGAGGAGAUCCGCAAUAGCCUGCGCCUUGCACGCUUCUUUUCCAUACUUCUCCAAGACAAAAUAAACAUUGAGGGCAAGGACCAGAUUCCUGUGUUUAUCCGCUCUGUCACAGGUGAAGGCUUUCCACAGAAACACCUCAUGGGAUUCCUUCCCUGUGAUGUUGACUCCGACAGUCUGUUUUUAUUGCUUCUAUCCGAGAUCCGCAACAAGUGGGGCCUGCGGAUGGAGCACUGCCGUGGCUUCACCUACCUGUCAUCAGGUAGCAUGUGUCAGAAGCUGAAGGAACUCUCCUGCAGGAUGCUGCGGGAUUUUCCACAGGUGGUUUUGUCCCCCAGUGAGCCCUACGCCUUCAACAUGUGGUUGAUUCGCUCCAUGCCUAUCCUUCCAAUUCAAGACGUUGUUGAUACUGUAGAGCAAGUCGCUGCGGUUGUUAGGCAAUCAGAAACUCUGGCGAAGAAACUUGAUAGCAAGAUCACUGCUUCAUACAGCCACAUCAAAGGUGAGGUGGACCGAGUCAAGGAUUCUUGCCAGAACCAUUGGGAAUAUGGCACGGAUGCUUUCCAAACAAUGCUUGAUAUCUUGGAGCCGCUUUUGAGCAGCAUUGGAGAGAUGUGCACCAGUGCCCUUUCAGAUGUAGAUGCAGACACUGUCGAAGUGCUUCUAAAGCUGAAAGAGAAACUGAAGAACUUUAAUUUCAUCAUUACUCUCGUGGUCUUAAAGAACACGCUGUGUUGUGUAAGCAUCCUGAACCCCAGCCUCAGGGGAAUAAUCAGCAUCAGCAGCACUUUACAGUACACCAUCUCAAAUGCCUUAAAGCUUCUCACCAAACAUAUGCAGGAGAUUGCCAUUUUUCACAGGAAGUGGUUCUCUGAUGCAUUGGGCAGAGCCAAGAAGUUGGGGGUGCCUGUCAAUCUGCCAGUGGAGAUGGUGACAAACGGUGAUGGCACGGAGAAACCACAAGCAUCAUUGGAGGAUUACUACAGGGAAGCGCUGAGCAAGAAGGUUUUGCAAUACCUUGUUGAUGAAGUCAAAAGAGUCCUUGGCACUGAAAUGGCAAGAAUCCUCAGAUGGUUGUCAUUGGUGCCCUCAUACAUGGCUGACCACAAUUUUAGCAUCCGCAAAGACAAAGUUGCUGAUGCCAACCUGAAUAACUUGGCUCGUCCUGACUCCUUUUAUGAUGAGCUGGGUUGUUGGGAAGUGAAAUGGAGGCAUGCUAGCAAGCGAAGGAUUCUUCCCACUAGUGUGUUUGCUACCCUCAAGAUCCCAGAUAUAGGCUUUUACCCAAAUGUACAGAGCCUGUUGAGAGUGCUGGGCACCAUCCCUUGUGUCCAUGCAGAUUCAGAUGUGUAUGGGCAGUAUGACAUGGUGCUGAACCGAUAUCACACCUACAUGAAAGAAGUACCAGUGGAAAAAAGACUGAGCAAUAUGGCCUUUGUUUAUGUCAAUCAAGAUGUCCACUUCAGCAUUGAGGAAAUGGUAGAGGCGUAUGUAAAGAAAUAUCCAGAAGUCCUGCAGCUUUUACAAGAGGAUGACAUAAUGGAAGUGCAACCAUCAGUUCCAGAAACCAGUGCAAAUGACGCCUCCAAAGAAGAUACGGAAGAACCGAGAGAGAUGACUUUAAAUAUGGACGUUGAGAGACAGAAACCACCCGAGUAUGCAGAAACUGAUAAAGAGGCAUUAAAAUCUGCAUUACAGGCUGCUGUCACUGCAGCAUAUAGCAGGCAAAGCAGACACACUCGGGGUGAUCAAGAUCAAGAAGUAGAAUAUGUGACCAAAUCUGAGAUGAAUGAAGUCCUUAAAGUGUGUGAGGAUGUUGUUAGGGAUAGGAUUCUUUCAGAGGUCGGAAAUUCAUUCUUCUCUCUGUUUAUCGAUAGAGUUGUCAGAUUUGGAGAGACUGACUACUUACCAAUUUUCCUCAGAUUUGUUGACAGUUUCGAUGUCAUGCGCCUUGAGCUUAUGGGAUUUGUUGAGGUUAUUCUUGACACUGAGGCCAUGUGCGAACGGCUUUAUGAUGUUGUCACCAAUGAGUGGCAUCUGGAUUUGAGUUACUGCAGAGGUCAAGCUUACCUUGGCUCUGGUGAAGUGUCCUACAAGCUCAAGGCUUUUGCAUGUAAAAUACAGGAGAAGUAUCCUCUUGCUAUAUGCACACACUGCUCAUGUUACUCUUUCAAUACCUGGUGGUCAAGAUCAGUUCCAGUACCUGCAGUCAUCAGAGCCAUAGACACAUUAGAGGAGAUAGUGUCUUUUUUCCACAGCAUGUCUGCCCUCGAGAAACAGUUAGAUCAAAUCUUAGCCAUAGGCCUAAGAGAGAGCUAUGAGAAAAUCCAUGAGCUUCAAGGAAAAUUCUGCUCUUCUUGGCUUGAGAAGCAUGACUCUUACGAAGUCUUCGCUCAGAUUCUGGAGCCUCUGGCAGAUUGGCUAGAAAAUAUUGAUAACUGCCAACCACAAAGAUGGAGUUUGGCAGUAUCCAACCGAGCCAACAGACUACUUCACUUAAUUCGGGACUUUGACUUCAUUGUGGCAAUUGUUGCGCUGAAGAAUGCCUCAUCCUUCACCAGAGAACUGAGUGCAGCGCUACAGAAAGAUCAUUUUAGUGCUGCCUCGCAGCUCAGCCAGAUCAGUGGUAUUGUGGCCACACUUAACCGAGUGAAGACCAACAUUAAGGUUUUCCAUCAGAACUGGUUUGAUGAAGCUUGUUGUUUUGCUCAGAGUCUGGGUGUGCAGGUUAAAGUGCCUGAUAGUGUGAUUGUUCCAAGGGACAGCCUCUUGAAACCAGGUACAUACUACAAAGAUGCAAUGAGUGUCCCUUUAGUUGACCACCUCAUAAACAUGGUGAAAGAUUAUUUCUCUGAUGACCACAAGGAGGCUCUCAACCUAUUGUCCUUGGUACCCUGCUCUGUGACAAUGAGCUAUGUUUUUGAAACGCUCAAGUCGAAACCUCCAUUGUACAUUGGUGACCUUCCAGAUCCUGACAAUUUCUUCACGGAGCUGAGCUGCUGGAAAGUGAAGUGGAAAACGAAAGUGGUUAGUGUAACCAUACCAGAAACCAUUUUUCAGACUCUGCGUCUACCCCUCAUGCAGUACUUUGUAAACAUCAAUACGUUGCUGAAGAUUAUGUGUGUGUUGCCAAGCACCGCUUUGGAUUAUUGUGGUGAGGUGAAGCGUCAUAAAAUGUAUCAAGACUACUUGAGCAACACCUCACCCAUGGACAGAUUGCCUUGUUUAGCCAUGCUUCAGGUCGGCACUGACUUUAACAGGGACCUAGACAGAAUGGUUGCUCAGUGCUUAAAGCUCACACCUAAGACGCUGGAGGGCAUUUGCCUGGACAAAGAAUCCAAAACCUUAGGAAGGACUGCUGAAAUAAAAACAGAAGAUGACAUCCACAUGGAUGAAGUGGAGAACAGGGACACUCUGCAGGACAAAGACUCCAGAACACUAAUGGUGAAUUCUGAGAUAACAGAAGCAGUUACCCACAAAGAGGUUGCAGAGAGCAUAGAGGCUCAGCAGCAGUCUGAAAACAUAGCAGAAGUGGUUGCUGAGGACCAGCUUGUCAAGGUUGAUGAUGUGGGCCAGAUUUUGGAUGAGAAUGGCCAUUCUGAUGAACCAUCAGAUAACAUAAGGAACUGUGAAGAAGUCUUCAAACAGGCAGCUAAGCUUGCAAGGAGAAACUGCUCAUUGAUCGACCUUAACAAAUCAGAGCAAGAUGCUGUUGUACAGAAACUUGCCUCAUGUCAUUGGGUACAGAAGGAAGGGGCAUCAUUUUCAGAGGGGGAAAUGCUGCAAAGUAUUGUAAAGGCCAUACGAGAAACGAUCCUCAGUGAAGUUCAGGACUCUCCUUUCUUUUCCAUCAUCACUGAUAGAGCAAUCUUAGUGGCCGAGGCGAAGUUCUUACCACUCUUUGUUAGAUAUGUGAAUGACUGCAUUCCUAAAGUGGAGCUCAUAGGUUUUCUGCCAUUUGAUGAAAGCUCUGAUGUGGAUUUGCAAUCUAAGGCUCUUUCAGCUACACUUGAGGAUGAGUGGGGACUUCAAAUGGGCUACUGUCGUGGCCAGUCCAUCAUGUGCAUUGGUACAGGGAGCCACAGUCUCAGGAAGAUGGCUUUGGGCUUUUUAGAGAGCUAUCCAUUAGCUGUGAACACUCCCAGUGAGUCUUGUGGACUUGCCUACUGGCUGGCUUUAAGCCUACAGAAUGCCUACAUUACAAAGGUUCUAGAGACAGCUGAGGAUUUGCUACAGUUUUUUGACCAGUCACCCAAAUUAGAGAGUGAGCUUGCCAAGACCAUGGAUGGGCUUCUGAAUACCCCACGGGAAGCACUUGCAGAGAUCCCAGAGACCUGCUUGUCUAGAUGGAAAAAGAGAGAAGACUUUUUCGAUAUUCUGGUGGACAUGUUGGAGGGAGCCCUGAAUUGCUUAGAUUCUGUGAGCACCAACUCCAAUGGGUCAUGGAGUAGUAGCAUGUCACUGCAUUCUCAGACCCUGUCCACAGCCAUUAGACAGGUAGAUUUUGUCAUCCCCCUAGUGAUCUUGAAGAACGCCUGUGCUCCGUUGAGGAACUGUAGCACUGUGUUUCGCUGCGGAAACCCUGCUGACAUUAUUUGUGAGCUUGAGAAGAUUAUGCCAAUAAUAGAUUCUCUUGGCAAAAUGUUGGACAAUGUGAGUGCAGUGCAUUCUAUCUGGUUUGAGGAGGCAGUGGAUCUUGCUACUAAGGUCACAGGAUUGCUGUCAUAUGCGGAAUCUGUCAGUGGCCAUGAUUCACCAGAAACGUUCUACAUGGAAGCAGUUAGCUUACCAGUUCUAAAUGGUUUGAUUGAAGAAAUGAAGUUUAACUUCUCAGAGAAUCACCUAAAGGCACUGAAAGUGUUGUCGCUUCUGCCAACAUGCAACCCUUUGCCCGUUCUCCCAGAAUCCACAGAUAAACUGCACACAAUAUACAUGAGUGAUCUCCCUGAGCCAGAAACAGCUGAAGAAGAUAUUAACACCUGGGCCACAGUAUGGAGGGAGAAAUAUCAAGAUGUUUGUCCUCCCACAUCCAUCUCUGAGACACUGCUCCAUAAUGAAGCCAAAAACCUUCCAAACAUUGCAACCCUUCUUAAGCUUGUGGCUGUGUUGCCUAGCAUUAGCAUGGAGUGUGAUCUAAUGAAGACAACACUAAAUGCCUUGAGGACCUUACUCCGAGAUGGUAUCUUCAGCAGAGGCAGUAAGACUGAUGCAGUCAUGCUUCUUAUGCAUCGCCAGACACUGCAGAGCCUGGAGGAGGUGAUUGAGAAAUGCCUGGAGGGUGAUCCGGAAAGUCAUUUAUUUCUUGCUCAGGUAAAAGCAAGAGUUAGUCACUUGAGAAUGGAAGGUGAGGUGAUUGCUAUGGCUCCACAGGAGAUAGCUGUGGAUACAAAUGGUUCUGGUUAUCCACAAGAGGCAAAGGAUGCUGAAAUUGAUGUUAAAACUGCUGCUCCAGUGGAAAUUCCAGUGGAAACCAGUGAAAUGGAAAAGGUUGAAGAAACACGUGUCUUAUGUACACCUGACCAGCCAUCAUCUUUAAUGCUCAACAGUUCAGACAAAGCCACAACUGCAGCUCAAGUCAUCCCUGCUCUCAGCUCUCUGCCAACCAGCACACCUGAACAACCGACAGAAUCUGUCCAAGAUGCCACUAUGCAAACCCCAGUAGCAGAACAUGAUAGAAGUGAUCAACUGAUCACACUUGUUCAGGAUGUAAAUGAUAGGUCUGAAGUAAUUGAUCAGUGUGGAAUUGGUCUGCUAGAAACAGGGGAUCAAAUUGUAACUAAUCAAACUGAGCAGUCUAAUGAAGAACAGCCAGUUAGCAUUGUUCAGUUAGUAUCAGUUGAUCAAAGUGAAACUGAUCAACCCAUGGAAGUUGAUCAGUUUGUAGCAACAGAACCAGUUGAAACAGACCAGCCAGCAACAGAGAAACAAAGUGAUUCAUCUAUAAAUGCUCAAGAUGAAGGUUGUUGCACAGUAACAGAGUUAGCAGAUGGUCAGUUGAUAUCAGAGGAUCAGACUGAAUCUGUUCAGCUCAUUGCAGUUGAUCACAGUGUAAAUGAUCAGUUGGUGUCAGUAGAUCAAAGCGAAACCAAUCAAGUCAUGGAAAUUGAUGAGUGUGAAAAUGAUCCAUGUGUAGUUGAAGAUCAAGUUGAAAAUGGCCAGCCAGCAACAGGGGAACAAUGUGUAAUUGAGCAGUUGGCAGUUAGUCCAGUUGAAACAGAUCAGUCUAUAAUAAAAGGUCAGGAUGAAGCUUGUCAGAUAGUAACCGGGAUAGCAGAUGAGGGUGAAACUGGUCAGUUGGUAUCAGGGGAUCAAAUUGAAUCUCAUGAAUUUAAGGCUGUUGAUAACUCUCGAGAUGAUCAUUCUGCAGCAGCAGGUCAGGGUGAAACUGAUCAGUCAGUAACCAAAGAUCAGACUGUAAAUAAUCAGUUCAUGUCAGAUGACCAAUUUGAAACAGAUCAUUCAGUAGUAGAAAGUCAAGAUGAGGCUGGUCAGCCAGAAACUGGGUUAGUGAAUGAAGGUGAGUUAAUCUCAGGGGAUCAAAGUGAAUCUAAUCAACUCAUGGUAGUUGACUCUGGAAAUGAUCAGUCCUUAACAGAAGGUCAAAGUGUAACUGGUCAGUCUGAAAUAGUAGAUCCAAGUGUAACUGAACAGUUCAUGGUAGUUGGUCAAGUUGAAAAUGAUAAAUCCGUAGUAGAGGGUCAAGAGGACACUGCUCAGACAGAAACCGGGUUUCCAAGUGAAGGUGAAACUAGUCACUUUGUGUCAGGAGAUCAAAGUGGAUCUGAUCAGCUCAUGGUAGUUGACUCUGGAAAUGAUCAGUUCUUGGGAGAUCAAAGUGUAACUGGUCAGUCAAAAAUAGUAGAUCCAAGUAUAACUGAACAGUUCAUGGUAGUUGGUCAAGUUGAAAAUGAAAAUUCCAUAGUAAAGGGUCAAGAGGACACUGCUCAGACAGAAACUGGGUUUCCAAGUGAAGGUGAAACUAGUCAGUUAGUAUCAGGAGAUCAGAGUAGAUCCAAUCAGCUCAUAGUAGUUGACUCUGGAAAUGAUCGAUCCUUAGCAGCAGAUCAAAGUGUAACUGAUCAGUCAGAAAUGGUAGAUCCAAGUGUAACUGAACAGUUCAUGGUAGUUGGUCAAGUUGAAAAUGGUCAUUCUGUAGUAGAGGGUCAAGUUGACACUGCUCAGACAGAAACCAGGUUUCCAAGUGAAGGUGAAACUAGUCAGUUAGUAUCAGGAAAUCAAAGUGGAUCCGAGCAGCUCAUGGUAGUUGACUCUGGAAAUGAUCGGUCCUUAACAACAGAUGCAUGUGUAACUGGUCAGUCAGAUAUAGUAGAUCCGAGUGUAACUGAACAAUUCAUGGUAGUUGGUCAAGCUGAAAAUCACCAUUCCUUAGUAGAGGGUCAAGAUGACACUGCUCAGACAGAAACCAGGUUUCCAAGUGGAGGUGAAACUAGUCAGUUAGUAUCAGGAGAUCAAAGUGGAUCUGAUCAGUUCAUGGUAGAUGAUGACUCUGAAAAUGAUCAGUCUGUAACCGAAGAUCAAGAUGUAACCUGUCAGUCAGUAACAGAAGAUCAAAGUGUACCUGAUCAGUUCAUAGCAGUUGGUCAAGUUGAGUCAGAACAGUCUAUAGUUGAUGGUAAAAAUGAAGCUUGUCAGACAGAAACUGUAUUUCCAAAUGAAGUUGGAACUAGUCAGUUAAUAUUGGGUGAUCAAUGUAGAUCUGAUCAGGUCAUGGAAGUUGACUCUGGAAUGAAUCAGUCUGUAAUAGCAGAUCAAGGUGGAACUGGUCAGUCUGUAUUACCAAAUGAAAUUAGAACUAGUCGGCUAGUUUUGAGGGAUCAAUGUGGAUCUGAUCAGCUCAUGGCAGCUGAGUCUCGAAAUGAUCAGUUUGUAACAGCAGAUCAAAGUGGAACUGGACAGUCAUCAGCAGAUCAAACUGUAACUGAUGCAUUUGUGGAAGUUGCAACUCAGCUGCCUAUAGUAGAAGAUCAAAGUGGAUCUGGGUUAGCAGAUAAUGAGGGAACUUGGCAGGUAGCAUCAGGGAAUCAAAGUGGAACUGAUCAGCUUGUGGCAAAUGUACCCUGUGGAAAUAAUCAGUCUGUAGUAGAAGCUCAAGGUGGAACUGUUCUUGCAAUUGCAUUGAAUCAAAGUGUACCAGAUCAGUCUAUGGAACUUAGUCAAGUUGGAACUGACCAGAUAGUACCAGGUAAUCAAAGUGAAACUGAUCAGUCCAACACGGUAGAUCAGUUUGGCCCUGACCAGCCUAAAGUAGCUGCAGAACGUGGCACAAAUCAGUUCAAUUCAGCGGCUCUAGAUGGCUCAGACCAAGAAGCUGCAGCAGUACACGUUUGCCUUGAUCAGCCCUCUGCAAUAACAGUUACUGAUCAUUAUACACCUGUUUCACCUGAGGAUAUUACUGAUCAUCCUGUAGCAUCAGAAUCAGAAGGCACAGACCAGUCUGAAGUAAAGGCUCAUGAUGGCACAGACCAAGUAAUUACUCUGGAUAGCACUGGACCUGAAAAAAUAGUUUUUACCCCCUACAAUGCUGAUGCUCGAGAGGAAUUGCUUAAAGAACUAUGUAACAUAAAAUUCUUUUCCAUAGUCACUGAGGAUGAGUUUGCAAUUGAUGGCCAACCUUACAUUCCUGUAGGAAUACACUACCUUGACAAACAAGACAUUCAGAGUGAAAAUAUAUUAGCAUUCAUCCCCCUUUCCACAAACAUUGCUUCAUUUGUGGACACUCUCACCAUUGUCCUCUCUGAGAAGUGGGGUUUGAACUUGGCACUCUGUAGAAGUCAAACCUUGGCAAGACCAGGUGCCUCACUCUCUCAGAUGACACAGGCUUCAGAUUUGCUUUCCCAGAGACUCCCUCAUGCUUUCAGUUUCCCGAACCCUGUUACUCUGAAGUCUUUGCUAGCCAGUUGGUCCUCCCUUAGAGAGAUAACUCACAGUUUUGAGUGCUUAGAGCAGCUGUUUAUGUGGUUCUCUGAGGAUGUUCAACGACGGGAAAGACUAGAGGAUGCUGUUGUACAUUUGUUCCAGAAGGACGAAAGGAAAGCCAGUGAACUGAAAGCCAAGAUCAGCAGUAAUCAAUUGGCAAUGAGCCAUGAGGUUCUGGAAAUUACUACAGACAUUCUAGAGGUCAUCAUCCUUUGCUUAAAUGAGAUGAAAGGAAACCAAGAUAAUGAGGCAAACGCAGCACAGGCCCAGAGCUUCCUUUCUGCUGUCCAAAACUUUGAUUUCAUAUUGACAGUUGUGAUUAUGAAAAACAUCUUAAGCCUCACCAAAAACCUAAGUCUGAGUCUUCAGGGAAAUUCCUAUGAUGUGUAUCAAGCUGUAAACCGCCUGUCUGAUCUCCUGCCCUCUCUCAGUGAAAUGAAGAACAGUAUUGACACGCACCAUCAAAACUGGUUUCAAGAGGCAGUUGCACUAGCUUCUAAGCUGCAGGUACCUUUGCUACAAACACCCUUAAAUGUGCACUACAGAGAGGACCUCAGUAAAGGGGCCAUUGAGCACUGUAUUGCUGAGGUGGAGGGGUUCUCCCAGGAUGUUCUGUCUGCUCUUCGCUGCUUGCAGGUUGUGCCUUAUGUCAUGUCAAACGUGGAGGGAUGCUGCAAGGACAAUGAGUUUAUCAAGGUGUUUCAAGAUGAUUUACCUGACCCAGAUUCCUUCCAGACUGAGCUGCAGAGGUGGAGGGACAGGUGGCCAGAUACUUCUGCCACUCAUCAACACCUACCUGACACUGUUCUUGGAACUCUCAAAGCUUCUGACAUCCAGUCAUUUCCCAACAUUUCAACCAUCCUUAGGCUCCUGGCAGUCCUGCCCUACUCCAGCAUGCACAGUAGCUUCAGACAAGGAAAGAUGAAAUCUGAGCUGUACCCUCUGUAGUAGGCUUGACCUAACUGCCCCCAAACAAGCUCUCCAUUAGGAUGUCAUACACUGCUGAAACUUCAGAAUGUCCCUCUGUAUUCUCUAAACUGUAGAUCACAUCUGAUUGUAGGUUUCAGUAUGUUUAUUUUAUUACUUAAUAAUUAUGAAUUAGACCUGUACACUUUAAGUAUAAUCACAUAAUUGUUUUAUUGAUGUUUUGUCUUUUUUAUUUUUUAUUUUCCUUUUACGUAAGUGGCAUGGAAAAAGAGGACUGCCAAUUGGGACCAAUGUCUUGCCAAAAAAAAAAAAAAAAAUGAGAAUAGGAUGCCCUUGGGGGGCCUUACUGCUUUGUGCCUUUAUGCAAAAACCCUACAUAACUCUGAAUCAUGAUACAAAAAGUCUGGAUGGACACUUUCAGACAAGAGUUUCUGGAAAUUUCCUAAUAUCUUCAGGAACUUUUAAAGACUUCAAAUCAUGUAAAUCUUCUGAGAUGCAUUGGGGGGGAAAGACAUGUUUUAUCACAAUAAAUUACGAUGGUUGUGUUAUACUGUCAAAAUAUCAUCCCAAGGCACAAUUUAAAAAUGGUCUGUCCCUGUAUCAUUAUGCGUGUUACAAAGGUUGAUUUGUUUGCAGUUUUAUUUAGAUGAAUGGAUUUUUCUGUAAACAUUUCCCCCAUAAGCCCUCCUCAUGAAGGAAGCAUUCAUAUAUAUUUGACUAAAAUAAAUAAAAUCAUUAAAAAGCA